UCACUCUCGCUCAUCCUCAAGUCACAAUCGCUUGGGGGAUCUUCCCCAACAUCGACUGUUCCGUAGGCUGUGUCGAGCAUGUUUCCAUUUCCACCUGAGCAUGUUUCCCCAAGUCUGAGGAGUAGUAGUUAGUUAGUCUAGGACCGGGUUUCAGUAUCGACGGUUCUUCUUUCUGCUUCCCGCUAAACGCGAAAAUAGUACUUAAGGUAAUGGUUUGCCAUGGCUCCCUCAAAUGGCAUUUUAUCACGCGCGAAAAACUCGCAGCAGCAACAGGCGAAGCAACAGAAACAGCAGAAGCAGCAGCAGAAGCAAGAGCAUGAGCAUCACCACCAGCGCGCGAAACGACCGGCUUCACCAACAACCCUGUCGUCCCGCGUCGCGCCGAAACUCGGCAGCCCUUACCCAAAUACGUCCACCUCGUCGUCACCUCCCGGUAAUGUCACACCCGUUAGUGUCUCAGGAGAUUCUAGAAUCCCAUUCACGCCCGACCAUGGCGUCGAAAUCGAGAAUAGGGUUUCGACUCCCAGAUCGAAACGGUAUCGGAGUUACUGUAGCCGCCGGCGUGCCUGAUAAUGGCGUGGGGAUCGAGACUGCUAGGGUUCCGACGCCGAAUAAACUCGGAGUAGUCAGACUCGGAGUGGGUAGUACUGUCGCCGGCGGCGGCGUGUCGACGAUGGGAGUGGUGGUGUGCCAUUCGCACUCGGUGCAGUUCGUGCUGCGGCCGACCGACGGCGCGAUCCUCCACGCGAGCAAAGGAGCGGUUAAGACGCUCGGCUACUCGCCCGACGAGCUGCUGUCGACGUCUCUUCUCCGCCUGGCCGCGCCUCUCCCGCUGAACGACUGGCGCGCAGUCGUGCAGCGCCUAGAGACGGCGCAAAUCGACUCGGCCGCGCUUCCCCUCACCCUCACGUGCCCCGCACUGCCCCCGCCGCCGUUUCCGCCUCACCAUCCGCUUCUGCCUCCGCCUCACCCUCCGCUUCUGCCUCCGCCUCCGUGGCUGCUGCAGCGGCCGCGCUUCUAGGCGCGGGAGAAGGUGCGUUGGGCGGAAGGGGCGGAGAAGCGGGGGGAGUCCGUGCAGAAGGGGGAAGGAUUCCGCAGCAGCAUCCACAUUUCCCUGUAGAAACGCUUGGAGCGCCAAAAAGCAAAUCGGGGGAACUUAUAGCGGUUUCAUCCCGCCCUGACACACCUGGAGACUUGUUCACACUUUCUGGGGGAACUUCCCCUAUUAAUGUUUCCAGCCUCUCCCCGUCCACCUCGCCGUAUGCUCUAGACCCCCUUGCUGCGAUGUCUGAAUCGGAAGGGGAGGGGCGUGUGACUAUAGCGGGGGUGACGGGGAUGUGAUUAUAACGGGGAUGAGUUUUGGCCCGAGUGAGGGAGUAGGAGAGGAGGGGGGUGGGAGAGGCGGAGGGGCAAGAGGAGGAGGAGGACGGGAUGGUGGUGGUGGAGGAGGGGGAAGUGCGCUAUUUAGCCUGGAAACUGAGGGUUCUUUCGAUGCACUACCCGUAUCCCCGUUUUCCGCCGCGCCAAGGCCUCUUCCUCCUCCUUCCCCUUGUGCUUCUGCUGCUAUCCCUCCGGCUGCCCCUAC